AUGUCUGCCGCAGACGUCGCUACUGCUACCCCGGCCGCUGGCCAGAAUGGCUCCACCGAUGCCCCUACCCAGAACGGCGCACCUGCCAUCGACACCAAUGUUGCGUCGUCUGGUACCGCUGGCGAUGACGCCGCUACGCCCUACUCUGCCACACCCAACACCGCGCAACACUCGGCCUCUCUCUAUGUCGGCGAGCUCGAUCCCUCUGUCACCGAAGCCAUGCUUUUCGAGCUAUUUUCCUCUAUUGGCCAGGUUGCUUCAAUCCGUGUCUGCCGCGAUGCUGUCACUCGCCGCUCCCUCGGGUACGCAUAUGUCAACUACAACAAUACUGCUGACGGUGAGAGGGCACUGGAAGAUUUGAACUACACAAGCAUCAAGGGUCGCCCUUGCCGUAUUAUGUGGUCUCAACGCGACCCCGCCCUCCGCAAGACUGGACAAGGUAAUGUCUUCAUCAAGAACUUGGAUGCGGCGAUCGACAACAAAGCGCUCCAUGAUACAUUCUCCCAAUUCGGUAAUAUCCUCAGCUGCAAGGUCGCCCAGGACGAGCUUGGAAACUCAAAGGGCUAUGGUUUCGUCCAUUAUGAGACUGCCGAGGCUGCCAACCAGGCCAUCAAGUCUGUCAACGGCAUGUUGUUGAACGACAAGAAGGUCUUUGUUGGUCAUCAUAUCGCCAAGCGAGAUCGUCAAAGCAAGUUUGAGGAGAUGAAGGCCAACUUCACCAAUGUCUACAUCAAGAACAUUGACGAGUCUGUCACUGAUGACGAAUUCACCAAGUUGUUUGAGCCUUACGGUAUGGUUGUCUCUGCCACCAUCACUCGCGACGAAAAUGGCAAAAGCCGUGGCUUUGGAUUCGUCAAUUUUGCUAGUCACGAGUCCGCUGCGAAAGCGGUUGAUGAACUCAACGACAAGGAAUUUCAUGGCAAGAAUCUGUAUGUCGGUCGUGCUCAGAAGAAACACGAACGUGAGGAAGAGCUUCGAAAGCAGUAUGAAGCCGCGCGCAUGGAGAAGGCUUCCAAGUACCAAGGCGUCAACUUGUAUGUCAAGAAUUUGACUGACGAUGUGGAUGACGACAAGCUUCGUGACUUGUUCAGUGGGUAUGGAACCAUUACAUCCGCCAAGGUCAUGCGGGACACGGCCGAGCGCACCGCAUCUCCUGCUGGAGACAAAGACAAGGAGAACAAAAAGGAAGAUGCAGAAAAGGCCGACGAGGAGCCCAAGGCUGAAAGUGAGGUCAAGGAAGAGGGCAGCGACGAUGCAAAAGAACCCAAGAAAGAGGGCAAGCCUGGUCAGAAGCUUUUUGGCAAGAGCAAGGGCUUCGGCUUUGUCUGUUUUAGCAAUCCGGACGAGGCGUCAAAGGCAGUUUCAGAAAUGAAUCAAAAGAUGGUCAACGGCAAGCCUUUGUAUGUUGCACUCGCUCAACGCAAGGACGUUCGCAAAAGUCAACUCGAGGCUAGUAUCCAAGCACGGAACACCCUGCGUCAGCAACAACAAGCGGCUGCUGCUGGUAUGCCCCAAAGCUACAUCCAGCCAACAGUCUUUUACGGUCCAGCUGGACAGCAGUUCCUUCCACCUGGAGCUCAGCGUGGCGGCAUGCCUUUUCCCGGUCAGCCUGGGAUGGUUAUUCCCGGCAUGCAAGGCGGGCGUGGACAGUUCCCUGGUGGGUUCCCACAACAAGGCCGUGGCAUACCGCAAGGCCAGCAGCUUCCUCCCAAUUUCGGCCUGCCUGGACAGAUGCCUUUUAUCCAGAACCCAGCUCUUGUCAACGGAAUGUACAACAAUCCUCAAGCAUUGGCCCAGAUGCAAGCUCAGAUGGGUCGUGGCGCCGGUGGUCGUGGUCAGAUGCAAGGCAUGCAGGGUAUGCCUCCCAACAUGCAGGGCAUGGCUGGCGUGCGUGGCGGCGCGUUUCCGCAAGGCGGUCGAGGUGGUAACAUGCAGAACAUUCCAGGCGCGCAAGCAGGCGCUCGGUUGCCACCACAAGGCCGUGGACAGAUGAUGCCUGGUCGCGAAGAGGUCCCUGCUGGCGGCCUUAGCAAUCUUGCAUCAUUGCCUCCCAACCAACAGAAACAGAUGCUUGGUGAAGCUAUCUAUCCCAAGAUCCAACAGAUUCAACCGGAACUUGCUGGCAAGAUUACCGGUAUGCUUUUGGAAAUGGACAACUCCGAAUUGCUGGCGCUGAUCGACGACGACAAUGCUCUUCGUGCCAAGGUAGACGAAGCGCUCACUGUCUACGACGAGUAUGUCAAGGGCCGUCAAACUGCAGGCGAAGGUGGUCCUAAUGGCACAAAAGAGGAGGAUGCGUCCAAGGCCGAAGGCGCCGAAGCGACGGCUUAG